GAUAAUUAAACCCCAACUCUCUCCAAAACCCCCAAUUAGCUCCUGCCUCCUCCUCCCACCUCCGGAGUUUUAAUUUCCCGCCUCUUAAAAUCCUCCAACAAAGUGACCAUAUUGUAUUUGCAUCACCACCACUAGUCGGCGGCGCCUCUUCCAGUGGAGGAAUUCCGAUCACCUCUCUUUAUCUGCCGCUGCUAGUUCGACAGUUUCAUAACUUCUGUAACCGACUCGCCGGAGUGAACCACCAGGCAAGUAGGCGACCACCGUCGGUCACUAACCUCCACAUUCGUGUACAAACUACCAACCACGACAAGCAGACGAGUAGAUUGAAGGCUCGCCGUCGUCGCCGAUUGAAGGAGAACGCUGCUCCGGUAGAACGGAGAACGACUCAACAUCUCUAAACCCAUUGAUUCUCGAAUUCAGAAAUAUUUGAAUACAGUAAAGGAAGCAGAAGAAAAUGCAGUACUCGGAAGAAUGGAAAUCAUUAUUUCCGAUUUCCUCGGUUCAUUCCCCUCCCCUCCUCCUUACUCAAAACCCUCCUUUAUUGGGACCACUGUUCUUCAACCCCGUCCCAGAGUCCUUAUCCCUUCUCUUCUCUUCUCCCGAUCUCUCUCCUCCUUUCCUCCCUCCUCCCCCCCAUCUCUCUUUACCCAAAUUUCUUAAAACCUCCACUUACUAUGACUCCCCUGUCCUUCCUACUGCUGCCUCUGCUAUCUCUGCCUCCUUUACUUCUGAAGAGCAUAGUACAAGUUCCAACAGUCUCCCCCACAACCGUCUUGAGCCCCUCUAUUGCCCCAACAACCAGGUUUUUAUUUUCUUCCCAACAGGGUCCAAUCUUGAUCGUGUUGGAUUUCUUGUUUUAUCUGUAAGGGAUUCCAAGUUGGUUGUUGAUUUUUGUUCUGAUGGUUCAGUUUUGACUUCCCAAAAAUUUGAUCAUCGGAUUGUUCAAUUAACAGCUUGUUCUCUUACUGAUUGCUCUUUUCCUGAUGUGGGUGGUUCUGCUUGUGUUGGUUUCUUACUGGCUUGUAAUAUGUAUGCUGCUAAUUGGUUCAGUGUUCGAACUAGUGUGCACUGUUUAGAUUCCAAGAAGCCUGCUUUGGUUCUUAUGGGCAGUAAGAAAUUCACAAGUAGCAUGGUGGCUUAUGCUUGUUGGAGCCCACAUUUGCCUGGAGAGUGUGUGAUCUUGUUAGAAAGUGGAGCAUUAUUUUUGUUUGAUAUGGAUUCUUGUUUGGAAACUAGGUUUAGAGGGAAAAGAAUCAGUGUUGCAUGGGAUGAACUUGGUGAGUCAGCAAGUAGUGGGUGGUUCAGCUGUGAAUUUAGUUGGCAUCCUAGAAUAUUGGUAGUGGCAAAUUCAAAAGCUAUUUAUGUGCUUGAUUUAAGAUUUGGUAAAUGUCACACGAUCUGUUUAUUGAGGAUUGACUUGCUUGGAGAAAGUGACUUGCAUGCAAAGGAUAGGUUUGUUGUGUUUUCGAAGGCUGGAAGUGACGGUUUCUUCUAUACCGUAGCUUCUGAGCAAUGGCUAUUUUUAUGUGAUAUUCGCAAACCACUAAUGCCGGUGCUGAGGUGGGCCCACCAUCUCCGCGAGCCACGUUACAUGACUGUUUUGUCUCUAUCUGAGCUGAGAUCAAUGCCGCAUGAUAAGAAUGCAGGGGCCUCUGCUGUUAUCUUAGGAUCGUUUUGGAACGACGAUUUCAGUGUUUUCUGUUAUGGGCGUCCUCAUCCUACAACUACAAAAUCUCUCUCUAGUAAAAUAUCUAAAUUUUCGAAUUCCUUUUAUGCAUGGGAGCUUCCAUCACCGUUCUUGUUGGCUAGUCAGAAUUGCCAUUGUGGCAGUUGUCUUUUAAGGGAGGAGUUUGCGAAGGAUGAUCUUCUUGACUGGAUCGUAUGGCAACAGAAAAGGGAAUCAGUUCUUGGUUUUUGCAUUUUUAACAGGGAUCUUUGUUCUUUAUUUCCCAAAGCCGGAGAGCAUGGGGGUUUUACACUUCUCCGAUUGAUGUCCACUGGGAAGCUUGAAUCCCAGCAAUAUUGUGCGUCAUGGAAAAUUGCGAGGAAUGUGGCAACGGCGCAUGGUGAAGUGACUCCUCUCAAAGAUUCUUUGCUAUGCUCUAUGGGUGAUGAGACCUAUAAAUUUACCAGGAGGUUCCGCUACAUUAAACUUGAGAACCUUUAUAACCAUUUGAAUAAUAAUCUUGCCAAAUUAUUGUUCACAAAAUUUAGGGACAUUCCAGCUACUGCAGGUGUGAAGAAACGCUAUAAUAAGCGUUUCCAAAAAUUCAUGAGUGAGAAAAUGAAGUCAUUCGGUUGUGAUCCCCCAAUGUCACACCUUUCAAUUGCCGAUGUUUUCAGGGAUGUUGACAUGCCAACAAACCUGUACGAGAUUGUUAGUAGAGUAAUGUGGACCUCGUUACCUAUGAAUAUUUUAGAGGUGGCUUUUCCUGAGUAUAAUGAAGUUCUUGAAGUUGAACAUAAAAAAUUUUCUCCAGAUUUUCCAGCCAUUCCUGACCAAGACCAGUCACCUCCUUUCUUUCUAAGAGACCCUUCCCGCUGCACUAAUAAGUGGUCAAACAAAGUACGAUGCAGUGAGGAUUUUCUGGGUCCUGUUUUUCCUCUUCCGGCAUUAGUUGUUCUUAAUGAGAUUUCAAGGCGUGGCUAUUCUUUCGUGGGUGAAGUAAAUGAAUUCUCUCCUGAAGACAUAUUUUCCCAUCAAUGCAAAUAUGUUAUGCGUUUAACCAAGGAAAUGGGAAUCCUGAAUGUUGGUGACAAACAAGACAAAGAACAUGCAGUCUCACUCAAGGAAGACAGGGAUGAGAUCUUGGAUGACUUCUCAGAACCAAGACCUUUAUUCUUGUAUAAGCCAUCUGCAUUUUUGGAUGAAGUGGGGGAGCAGGCGGGUUCUGUUCUAGGGGAAAGGUAUAAUACAGUAGUCUCUAAAUUUGCUGAGGAUGAUGGUGAUUUCUUCGCUGGUCUUUGCCCAAUGGAACUUAAAUUUGAUUCUGACAAAAAGAUUCAGAAGUUCUCUGAUGAGGAAUCGCAUGUGUUCAAUUUAUUAAAGAAACAGUGUUCACGCUGGCAAAAUGGCUUUAUGCCGUAUCAGAAUCUUCACAUGCAACUUCGUGAAAAACAGCCACAUCUAAGACCUGACAAUUGAUAAUCGUGAUGCAUUGGCGAAAUCUAUCUAUUUGUGCUUGUUUGAUUGGCUUGUAGAACAAAUUAACAAAUCUCUAGGAAAAGGCGUACUGAAAAUCCAUCAGCAUUCUCGACAUCUAUGGUUUCGACUCAUUUGAA